GAAUUCGCAUCUCUCAUCAAAAUUCCGCGCCAUGGGUUCUUCAGAAGCAGCUGCAAAAACCACCAAGGGCGGCAGGGGCAAACCCAAAUUCUCAAAGUCCAUUUCCAGGUCCUCCAAGGCCGGCCUCCAAUUCCCCGUCGGCCGCGUCGCUCGCUACCUCAAGGUUGGCCGUUAUGCCCAACGGGUUGGAUCCGGGUCACCUGUUUACCUCUCCGCCGUACUCGAAUAUCUCGCCGCCGAGGUUCUGGAGCUUGCCGGAAAUGCUGCGAGAGACAACAAGAAGACUAGGAUUAUUCCGAGGCACAUUCAGCUUGCGGUGAGGAACGAUGAGGAAUUGAGCAAGCUCAUGGGAUCUGUGACCAUUGCGAGUGGUGGAGUUCUGCCGAAUAUUCAUCAGAAUUUGUUGCCUAAGAAGGUUGCUGGUGGAAAGGGCAAAGCCGAGAUUGGAUCUGCUAGUCAGGAGUUUUAGGUGCAUAACAGAGAGGAUUGCUUAGAUUAGUGGGAAUUGGGACUGUUUAAAUGAUGUAAAGGUUCUUUGUGAUUUGGAUAAAGGAAAACUAUUCUUGGUUUAGAAGAA